UCAAGUCAAUGAUUUGUUUUUCUAGAUCUUUGCUGAGCUCCUCAGACUUUCCCACUGCAGCGUUUGUGUCUAAUGAGUGGAGCAGAGGGUUCUGUUGAAACUGAAUCAGAGGAGUCAGCAGCUGUAGUCAAUCACAGUCACUCAGGAGAAGUUAAGAGGAAAUGAAACUGAGAAAAUUUGAUUAACACAACUUUCUACAUCAUCAAAACUGAUAAUUCAAGUUCUUGUGUGUUUAUUUUUGACCAAGCAGAGUUUAUCUUUCCAGAAGACCUCUACCUAAAAUAAACUUAUUAAAGGAAGACCUGAGCGUUUUCUGGGUCACAGGCAGGAGGACCGAGGAGACGAGGAGACACAGAACGAUGAAAUUAAAUGAGCUUUAAGUCUUUACAGCCUCAGUAGUUGAUAAAUCUUGUUUGCUGCACUGUGAUUGGAGGACACUAGCUGUGUGUAGUUACCUGGAGUCACCAGCAGGAGGUGCUGCUCCAUAGGCUUUAAUUCACACCGCUGAUCUCUCUUUUCGUGUAGUACUACAGCAGAAGUACACAGCAACAAGAGAAUGAAGUACUCGUUUAAGUACAAGUCCUUCAAGCUUGUAUUUAAUUACAGUAUGUGAGUAAGUAGUACCUGCUGUUGUUGUUGUUUCUGCACGUCUUUAUCAAAUAACCUAUAUUAUUUAAAAACAUUUGCUUCUGUCAUCGCUUUUUCGCUGCAACUUCACGUUUUCAUUUUUUUGUUCUUUUGAAGGAAAAGUUAAUUUUUUGUUCUUGAGAGUAAACAGAAAGCUUUAAAAACAUGUUUGUGUUUGUUUACAACUGACUACAAACAAACAAACAUCCUGCUGAGUCUAAUCACAUAUCGACAAUCAGGAGAAUUAGAUAUUCAGAGCUGACUGUGUUGUUUACUGUCCUCAUUAGAAGCUGCUGCAGUCUGAAGGCCACUAUGUUCACUAUGUGAGACACUCGACCCUCCCGAGCCCCCGGACCUCGGCCUGUAGAUAAACAGCCACACAUGGAGCUGGAGGCGGGAGCAGCGGGGGAGGAGGGGUGAGGAGCUAUAAAAGUCUGGUGGAGCUGAAGACAGAGGUUUGACGGAGACACCGUCUGCAGACCGGCUCCCAGCUUGACUUAUCGAUCCUCGCGUCUCCUGCAGGGCAGGUGUUCAGGUCGAACCCCAGGUAGAUUCUAGUGUCUUCAAAAGUCUUCAGGAGUCCACAGGUGUUUCUUCAGGAGCCCUCCAGAGUCCUCCAGUGUCCUCAGUUGUGUCCUCAGGUGGGUGCCGUGAUGCCGUGGGUUGUGUCCUCUCAGCUGGACUGCUUGUCUUCGUCUCCAUCACAGCGAGAAUGCGAACGGACAGCGUUUUCUUUCUACUGCGCCGUGCGCGAGCGGCUGCCGGUCUGGCUGCUGGAGGACAUGCGCACCAUGGAGGUCUUCUGCUGGGAGGAUGGACACCCGAGAGCCUUCCUGCCAUCUGAGGCGUUGCUGUACGCCCUUGUGCACGACCAUCAGGACUACGCACGCUACCUGCUCAACAGGUACUCAGUGAGCGCGCUCAAAGCGCCGCGAUGCAGCUUCUGCUGCUGUCGCAGCACCGGUGCGCCACAUCUAAACGUGGCGGUACGCUACGACCGUGUGGCGAUUCUGGGGAUGAUGGUGGAGGCUCUGAAGGACUGUGGUGUGCAGAACCUGCGCCAGGAAUAUCUGGACAGCUGCGGCGGCUGUGCACAUGUUGCGGAUGCAGGAAAAACUGCAGUGCAGCUGGCGGUGGAGCUGUCGCAUCCUGAGUGCCUGUUGCUGCUGCUGGUUCAGGGUGCUCGGCCUGAAGGCCUCGACGCUGCGCUGCAAAGACUCGUCUCCUGCGACGUGUCGGAGCGACGCCAUGCUCAGCGCUGCCUCGACUUCCUGCUCCUCUUUCUGCCCGAACCGCCACUGCUGCGCCGCCUACAGGACGAGUCGCAGCGCUGGCAAAACCUGCUGGGAAACGAAGUGUUUAGCUGGCUGUGCGGUCUGGCCCCACCCCCUCUCCUGCUGCAGGCGCUGCGGUGUUUGGCCCGGUCUGGACCCGACCAGAUCAGCACGCUGCCAGACUUCCUGCAGCCACACAGCUGGCAGUGACAUCACCUGUUACCAUGGAAACAACUCUGUAAUUGGACAGUUUGCUGAUGAUGUAAAUAAAAUGUAAAUAGACUUCAACAGACCUGAACUGAAACUUUACGGGAUUUUGGACCCUGUGGAGAAGCUGAUGUUAGAAACACGGAAGUCACUGACUCUGGAGAUACGAGGUUGCUGUGUUAAAAAUGAAGGACUGAAAGUCUCAGUUUGACGUUGUCACAUCAGGUUCAUUGAUCACCUGAAGUCUGUCGAGUUUCUGACCUGAAAGUCAGAAGUGGGUGAAGCUGUGAGUCUGCAGGUUGCAGCAGAUUAAAAACACAACGUGACCUUUAACUGAGCCCUAUGCAACAAACUGACCUGCAGAGAUGUCGUUCUGCAGAACACAUGCACAAUCUGACAUGUUUCUACCUCAGUGUCUUUAAACAUAUUGGGAUGUAAAUACGUUUUUCUGAUUAAAAGUGUAAAAAAAAAAAA